GCUCUUCCACCCACUUUGCCAUUUAUUCAAGCAUACAUUACAAAUAGAAUGAGCUCGAGCUUGCCCAGCAUCGACGCAGUGCUGGCCCGGACAGAGAUCGGAUCGACAGAGGACCUGACACGGGCACUGCGCGGGACCUUGCCUCUGCAGCACCGGCUAGCUUUAGCGUGGGCGAUAUUCGAUGAUAGCAGCAAAGCUUUGCAGCGGGUCAGCUCGGUGCUUGUACGGCGCAACGAGCUGCUGGCAGACUGGCUUUUUUCAACAAUGCUUCGGGAGCUGAAGGCAAAGGGCAAGGACCAGUACAGAAUAUGUGGAGAUGUGGCCGCGAUCCGGCUUUUGCUUGGCGUGCUGGAGCGCAUCAACAAGACGAUGCCCGGAGACAUGAAACUGGAAACGCGCACGGUCUUGCCGGGCCCUCUGAUGCCCCUGUUUGCUGCGUCAUUGGCGGGACAGCUGGGGAAGGAGCAGGAGGCGCAGGUGGAGGCAGUUGCGGAUCUGUGGCAGUAUAUCGUCGGAUCGACUAUGGACGGCGCAGAGGCACUGGCAGCACAGCCCGAUCAGCUCGCGCAGCUGCUGAAAUCUCUGACAGAGCACUGCCUAAAUACAGAGAGCGAGAAGCUGCGGGGAGAGCUUUUGCGGCUCAUGGAAUCUGCAGCCGGAGUUCUGCGGAGCGUGUGCGAAACGACAACGAAUGCGCGCAAAAUGUUCUCAAUGUUCGACCAGGGCCUGCUGGUGCCGCUAUUGCAGCUAGUGGGCGGACUGGGAGAGUCAUCGGCCAAACAGUGUUUGCUGGACCUGCUCCAGGUGUCGCUGUUUCACGCCGACUGCAUGGGGGAGUUUGCGACAGCGCUGCAGGAGCACGCGGAAAAAGGAGCCAUGGGCAGUCGCAGCUAUGUCAAGCAGUUCUUCGACCUGGUGGCCUCCCCUGAGUGCAUGGAUGCGCUGCCCGAUCUCUUUACGCGCUACCUCCGUGCGUCGGCGCUGGUGUGCCCGGAGACCCGCAGCAUGGCCAAUACGACACUGGGACUGGCAGCAGUAUCAGCGAGCCCAUUGAGCAUGACGCAGGAAGCGGCCAGCAGCGCAUGCAUACAGAUGUUCACAUACGUUUACCAUGUGUGUUUGCCGAGGCGAUCGGAGGUGCGUGGCAUGGGGGCGACUAACCGGCUGAUCAACGCCUAUUACAGCGACCGGUGCUUUGGUACAGCCAACAACGCCAGCAUAGUCAGCCGCGACGUGUUCCGCAAACAGAUCGAGAUGCUUGAGGCAUGGCUGGCUGAGGUGGUGACGCCGAUUCUCGCCCGCCCGCCCAGCGACCCGGAGAUGACACGGCUGGCCCUGGACGCCAUCGACAUUGCACUAGACGCGGCCCCAGAUUCUGUGCAGGAGCAUAGCAGCCAGAUCGUGGCGGCGUUUGCGCGUGUGCCGCCGGCUAUCGAGGAUGCAGCGAAUAAUGUUCUGGACCACAUGGUGACGACAUUCACCAAGGCGCGGCAGCUGGAUGUGCUGGUCCAGCGAAUUGCCGGUACUGAGUUCCACGAGAGUUCCGACUGCCACAAUAUGCUAGUCUCGGAGCCGUUCAUCAAGUCGUUGAAUCUGGCAGUAUCCCGGUCGAUGCCGUUUGCGCAGGCACACGAGUGCCUGGCGGUGCUAGUGGACGCGGUUUCGCAGGCAGCCAAGACAAAGGAGAGCGCAAAGAGCACGAAGCGGCGACGCACCAGCAAGGGUGCUACAGAAUCCAGCAGCCCAAACAUCUACCAGACACAGGUGGUAUGUGUUGUAGCUGCCAACUUCCUGCUUGCCAGUGUGUCAUCGGUCAAUACCGAGCACCAGCGCGGGUUGUUGCGCGAAGCGCUGGCCAAGCAUUACGCAGCUGUCUCAGAGUCCCUGGCAGGUCGUGGUGAGUUGGUGUGCGAAUAUUUGGUUAUGCACUAUGCGUUUAUGGAAGCAGCUUCGCGGAUCGACGGCAUGGAGAGGUGGAUGGAGGUCAGCAUGGAUCCAGGCCAUGUGUCCGCCAUGCUGCCCAGCGACAUGACAGGCGCCCGUGUCCGUGCCCUGGCGAUGCUGGUUGUUCUGCAGGCGGCUGCCCACUGGUCGGUGUUCAUGUCGUCGCUGAGCGCCGGGAUUGUGCCGGGCGAUGUUGCUGCCCAGAUUGAUACUGAAGAGGGGUCCAAGGCCGUGUCCAGCAUGAUUGCAAGAAUCUUCGCUAGCGCCGAGUUUGGCACUGGCAACGCAGGCCAGUGGGACCGGCAGCCGCACACGAUCACCGAGGCGAACAGCGGCACCGUGCAGUGGUACCUGCUGGUGGACUGGCUGGAGCUGGUCUGCCAGCUCGCCGACCAGGCAGUCAUUCAGCGCAUUACAUCGCGGAUCAUCGCCGAGAUUGCGUUGCCAGCCGAAACCAAUUGCUCAAAGGCGCUGCUCAGUUCGGCAGCGUUUUUCGAAGCGCACGAGAUCCGCAGCUGCUUUGUGCCUGCGUUGGCCGAGUUCGUAGCCGAGCAGUUCCCCAAGCAGCCAAGUGAGCUGAAGUCGCUGCUGGUGACUCUUGCCGGAAAUAUCGGAACCAAGUCUAAAUGCGCACAGACCGCCAGCGACAUUAUAUCGGCCGCCAGCAACUCCCGUGCCAAGAGGAGUGAGGAGUCGGCAGAGGUGUGGGUCGAGCUUGUUCGCUCCCUGCUGCGCUUCCCAGACGCCUACUGGUUUGCCGAUAAAACUCCGGCCUUGUUUGCAGUGCUGCUGGCCAUUGACCAGGGUGUGGCGUGCGAAGCUGCCACGGUGGAACUGCGGGUCCUGUGCAGGGCGCUGCUCGAGCGACUCAUUCGGACGUCGUCAGGCCUGGUGCCGCUUCUCACGCAGCAUGCAGCUGGCUUGGUGAGCCUGUGGGUGGCAGAGGAGCAAACGUCUGAGGAACUGCUGGUCGCGUCGCGUCGCUUGCUGUUUGUUGCCAUGGGGUCUCUGGCCCAGGCUGCGUUUGGCCAGGCGAAUCUGGCCGCCAACAAGGCCUGUGUGAGUAUCGCCAAGACUCUGCUUGGUGAAUCGGGCUCUCUGGCUGCCGAGGGCGUGCGUGCCAUUGCAGCCUGCGCAAAGCAAUAUGCGAAGAAGCUACAGAAAUGUGAAGUCGCCGAGAAGUGGGCCCAUGUUUCAGCCAAGUGCAUCAAGAAGCAGUCCAAGGCUGUUCUCAAGGGUCUCGCUGGCAUCGACAAGGCCGACGAUACUGAGAUGACAGCUGCGCUCGGCCGGCUUGCGGCGGCGCAGAUAAUCAGCGAGUCGGCAACCGGCGAGGCUGCAGACCGGGCUGCACUUGUCGCGGCAACGCUCGAUUCGCUGAGCCGCCUAUCGGCAGCCACUGCCAGCGAAUUUGCGCUAGCGCUAGUCUUCUAUGCUUGCCAUACGUCAGCUGUGCCCAACGCCGACACACUCCGCCUGCUUGCAUCCAUGACCCACCGGCUCGCCCACACCAAAGACCAUCCCCUGUCGCUGAUGCAGCAGUCGUUCAUUGCGCUAAUCUCUGAGGCCGAUGGUUUGCUUGCAAUCUCGCUGUCUGAUGCCGUAGCGCAGUAUGCUGUUGAGCCGCUGCUCCGACAGAUCAGCUCUGCGGCAUUCGAGCAGUCCCUUGUCGCCUUUUUGAAGAUUGCACAGCAGCCGAAUAGCGGCGCUGCGGUGCGCAAGGUCCUGGUGGCCUUUAUCCGCACGGCCUACAGGCAGUCUGGAAACGAGUCGGUCGAGAAGCGCAAGGCGGUGCAGCGCCGGCUCGGCAGCAUUCUGUCAAUCAUCAGCAGUGGCGUUGGCUCGGAUGCCGCGUCGGUCAUUGCGUCGUUGAGUGUGGUCAGCGAGCUUGUGCUGGAGCCGUUCAUGCGCUUCACCAUGUUUGACAUCAGCGAGUGCCUGGCGUUUGUUUCCUCGGUCGUGUCUGUGCCACUGGUGAUGGCCAAUACGCAGGCCGAGGACCUGUUCCGGCUGGUGUGCCGGGUGCUGGGCGGAAUCAUCCGCCACCACACGAACCAGGUCCUGGACGGAAUCUCGCUGCUGGUGAACAUCCUGCGGUCGCUCCUGCAUGCGUUCGUCGCCCCUGUAUUGCCGCGGUCGCAGCAGCCGAUUGGCGUUGACUCUGCCCUGACGCCGUGGAUCAUCGCCUAUGCGCCAUUCCCCGCCGAAAGCGCCGAUUCAUAUGCCCGCCUGAUCUCCGAGCUAGUCCGCGCCCGCCGGUUCUCCAGCGACAGUGGGUCGCAGGCCAAGGAGCUUGUGAAGCUAACCCGUGGCACCAACACCUCUGGUGUGAUCUCGACUUUGUCGUCCUUUGCGCCCUACAUCCUGGCCGAAUACUGCGUGAUCCAGGGCGGCGACAGCAUGUCGUCCAUGUCCCGCGGGUCCGAUGAUUCCGCUCUGCAUUCGUUCCAGGGCCUGUGCUGGCAGCCGCUGCCUGUGCUUGGCAUAGGCAGCCAUGAGAAGAGCCGCGGAAUCAUCGCUAAUCCGGCGGUUAGGGAGAUGCUGGUGCCGGCGUGGCAUGCAUUAUUGGAUGUCAUGCGGGUUGCUGAUAGAGAGUCACUGCUGAGUGUUCUGGCGGGUACGUCUAGGGAUGCCAAGCAUUCAGGAGGCGCCGGGUGGUCGUCGAUCUUUGGACCCGAUCGGUAUGGUGGGGCGAAUGAAGUGCUGAAGGCAUUGUACCAGAGCUAUUUGGCAUUCUACAAGUACACGGGCGAGGUCUAGAAGCAUUUUCCCAGUGCGCUAUUAUGAUAUACAUGAGCACGCUGGCUGAGCGUACAUUUUGGUCAGUACAAACGUGCUUGAGGCUACCGCUUGGGCAUAAGUGAUUGGAAUAUAUUCAUUUUG